AUACAAGGACGGAAAAAGAUGUGAUUGAGUGAGGAUGGAGCAAAUAUCAUAAACUUUCCAAAGGUUCAAGCAGGAGAGUGACUCAGCGUAAAGGGAGGGGGAUUCUCUGAGAAAUGAGGUGGGCAGAAGGGAAGAUGGUAGUAUUGACUCUGAGCUAUUGCUGUUAGAUGUGGGCUGGACAUUAUCUGUCCCGACUGGCAACAAUUUAUUCUAGGAGUGAAGAAGAUGAGUGACAACAUGAGAUGGCUUCCUUAGCCAUGAAAUUAGCUAAAGUGCUAUCAUUUGCAGAAAUUUUACAGCCUGCUGAUGCUGAUCAAGGGCAAGAAGGAAAGAGUUUAGGGAACAGAACCCAAUAAAUCUGAUUUGUCCAACGCUCACUUUAUUCCAGGGUUGAGUGGUUCCAACUAAUAAGGCAGAGACAUGGAUAAAAGGAAGGAGUCUUUGAAUAUGGAUUUUAUCCCCUUGUGCCUCUUCCCCAGUAUGAAACAUAUUAACUUCUUGGUCUCUACCAUCUUCCUGGUCUACACUGUGGCUCUCACUGCAAACUCUAUUCUUAUUCUUCUGAUGUGGGUGGAUUCUCAUUUCCACAUGCCCAUGUACUUCCUGCUCAACCAGCUGGCUCUCAUGGACCUGACAUUAAUCUCUAUCACUGUACCCAAGAUGGCAACUGACUUCUUCUUAGGGAGGAGAAACAUCUCACGGGUGGCCUGUGGGACUCAAAUCUUCUUCUUUUUGACUCUAGGAAUCACUGAGUGUAUCCUCAUCAUUCUCAUGUCCUAUGACCAGUAUGUAAUCAUAUGCAACCCUGUAAGAUAUGCCGUCAUCAUGAGCCAGAGGGUCCGUUUGAAGAUGCCUGCCAUCUCCUGGGCUAGAGGUACACUUACAUCACUUGCACACACAGCCUAUGCCAUGUAUUUCUCAAUCUGUGGUUCCAGAGGGAUUUCCCAUCCUCUCUGUGAGGUCAUGGCCAUCCUAAAGUUGGCCCAUGAGGAUAUCACUGCCUAUGAGAGGGUGAUGGUGGUGACAAGCAUUGUGGUGCUCCUCAUUCCCCUGUCCUUAAUCCUGAGCUCUUAUGCCCUCUUCUUCCUUACUGUCCUCCACAUGAACUCCCCUGAGGACAGAAACAAAGCCCUGGUUACCCAUUCCUCCCACCUGACUGUGGUGAGCCUCUACUUUGGUCCAGCCAUGCUGGUCUAUAUGAGGCCUAGUUCUUACCAGAUUCUUAUGCCUGGUGCCACCCUCACCCCAAUGAGGAACUCCCUCAUCCACAGUCUAAGGAGAAAGGAGGUGGUAGGUGCUCUGAAAAAGGUGUUGGGAUGCUGCCUAUCUUCAAAUCAGACCACAGAUGUAUGAUAGAUGAUAAUCGAUAGUUUAAUCAGCCCUGCUUAAAGGUCAAGUUCUCAGUCGUGAUCCUUCCACACUUAAAAAUUCAAUGGAACCACUGGCUCUAUGGAUUCAGGUCAUAUAUGCACAAAACUGGUGAAACAUACUUUUCUUCUUUCAUGAUUCCUUGAAGGUGUUAGGCCCACCCACUUGGGCUAUGAAUCUUCAGGAUUUAGGCAGUCCAGGGUUGAAGUGAUGAAAGUAGUUAUGGUGAUGAUGAUGAUGAAGUUUCACCAAGAAAAGUAACUGAAUCAAUGAUAUUUUAUUCCACCACAAAGAAGAUGUGUAUCAAAUUCUUUUCUUGAAAGAGGCCAAACACCACUGAAAAUCCAGAAGUGCUCCAGAAGUAAAGAUAAAAACUGAAGAUUUCUUGGUUUUCAAUAUGUAAAAUGAAAGGGCUAGCUUAGGUUAUCUCUGAGGUCUUUAACAGACAUAAACAAAAAACCAAUUCAAUUAGUUUUAAACACUAUUCUGCACUUAAAAUUUAAUUAUUUUAUGAAAUUGUCCCCAUUACCAAAAAGGAUACCUAUUAAGAUUUUAGUUUCAACUUUUUAUUUUCAAUGACACAUAAUUAUAUUGGACUUGAUAGAAAUGGACAGUUAUCUGCAGAUUUAUACAACUAGAAUGAAUUUCAAUAUUUUUUACUUUUCUAUUGCCUUUGACAUUUAGUGUUGUAGGAAAAACACAUUUCACAUUUCAACAAAGAGGAAAAUAGACUGAAUGUGACUUAGUCUACUACAUAAAUGUGGAAAUACUAUUGCCCUAAUGUCUGACAGUAUGAGCAUAAAUGUACUGCAAUUGGACCUAAGGGACUUAAUAAUUCACUAGUAUAUCCAUUACACUUUAAUUAACUUGGUUUGGUGACUGAAUUAGCACAUGUAAAAUUAUUUAGGCAGUCAUUUAAAAGCCAAUAGAAAAAGUGAGGGAUAAUAAAUGUACCCUGGCUAACAACAAAACAAAGGGCUGGGAAUUAAAAGGUAUAGCCACAAGCCAUCUUUAAUCCCUGGGGGGGAAAAAGAUGAUUUAUUUUUAAAUUCAAAAUAUGUUGAAGAUUAUAUGGAAGAAAUAUUUUCUACAAAAUGGGUAGGUAAAGUUUUAAGAUAGUCUUCAUAUAAGUGAUUAAUGUAAAUUAUCUGUGCUAGGAAGAAAUAUAUGUGCCAAAUGAAGUGUAUGGCAGGGAUCACUGGGGAAGGAGUAUAAACCAGGAGUCUUUUUGGCAGUGAUUGAGUAGAUAAAUGCAAGGACAUGUGUUUUGCCCCAUAAUCAUUUACUUGGGUAUCAACUGUCAGGUUUAAGCAUUUCUAUUUCUGACAAUAAAGCUGAAUCCCUUGUAUUCCAGUUGUUUUUCCAAUAUAACUAUUAUAUUGCACCAAAUAAAACAAGAGAGUGGGUAGUAUAUAAAUGGCCCAUUCAACAGCUCUAAAAUAUAUUUUAAUAGCCAGGCUAUCAUUCUGCUUCAAUUUAUUUUGGUGUAGUGGUACCACCAUUUAAGGAAGGCCUUGUAUAAUAAUGCCUAUUGUAUCUCAGUACUUAAAGUACUUUUUCCCACCCCAAUAACCAAUAUGGCAGAGCUAUCUUUCACAACUGGGAUAAAACAGGAGGAGUCCACUUAAAUGGGAUUUGAACUGAAAAGGAAAGUGAGAUACAUAGGUCUUACUUGCUUCCGGAGUCUGGUGGCUUCACACACACACACACACACACACACACACACACACACACACACAAUUUAUAAGUACCCUACAAGAACAAAAGGGACCUUUAAUGUAUUGACUUGUUUUUAAGAUAAUAAAAGAGGAAAACUGGGAAAAGAAAAUCCCCAGAUAAAGCUCUCAUCCAUCCACUCGCUGUUGCCAAUGCCACAUCUCUCCUCAACAGAAUUCAGGUGAAUGGGAAGCAUCACCAUCUCAACUCAGCCGCUAGGAAAAAGGCGAGGCAGUCCCAGUGUCCAUGAAAAGUCCACUGUCCUGUCAAAAUCUCUCUCCAUGGAGACCAAAGUCAUGUGGCAGAAACUACUUCUUUCUAAUCUAAUUGGAAACUUUCUCUAGAAAUGUCUCAGAGAAAAUGAAAGUUAUCUAGUGCAAUCUCAUGUCCUAACAUUCUGAAAAUAAGUGAGGUGCUUCAAAAGGAAAAAUGUAAUAUACAAAUAAAGGUAAAAUGGGAAAUUGACUCUUAUCUUUUGCUAGCUUGGAAUUUCUUUGGAGGGGAAACUAUUGACAGUCUCUAAUGUAAACUUAAAGCCUCACUGACACAGAAAUCACUCUUUGCAGACAUGAAAUUGCCAUUGGUACCUUAUUGCCCUUUCCUCUGACGUGAACAAUUAGAAAGCCAGCAUUCUCACCAACAGACUACAUCUCAUCACUAAAUAUAGUAAUCAAAUUACUCCUAAAUGUCUAUUCUGACCCAACAAUUUCAGUUUCUUAUUUCGUUUUCUUUUAUAUGUGAUUUAGAUUCCACCUCUUUAGCCAUUUCUGUUUUGAUUUAACUCUCCUCCCUUCCUCAUGCCACACACACACAGUUUGGGCAUAUAUUUUUAAGGUGUAAUUACAACACCCCCAUUUGAUUGCCUUGGCUUAGAUUCCCAUUAUAAUUCUUAUAGGAUAUGAAGAUUCUAGAAAUAUUUUCAGCCUGAUUAUUUCCCUUUGUGCUAACUGGCAGGAAAACAUGCUCUACUUUACCUACAUGGGAUCAGUCAUAUCACAAUCACAAUCUAAGGUCAGAUUGGAAUAAGCCCACUCCACUCUUAAAAAUAUAUAUACCAUGCAACCACCUAGCCCAGAGCCAAGAAAAUCCUGGUCUCUCUGUAAUUUUAACAUUUCACUGAAAUUUCUUGAGUAUUAAUGGCUAAGGGAAUUUGAUGAGCUGGAAACCGUGGCUGUAUAGCUUUCUCAAUUUCAAAUAAGGAAAACCUAUGAGAAACCCAAAGUCAAAGAAAGCAGGAGUAUGCCUUUUAUAGUCCGUGAACACCUACUUCAUCUCCACCUUUCUUUUCUCUCUUUCUGUCCCUCCUGAUUCUUUUUCUCUCUUUUUAACCUGUCAAUAUCUAUUUCUCUCUGUGUGAUUACUCCUGCAUCUCAGGCCUCCAUGUCUCUCUGUCUCCCUGAACUUUCUCUCUCUGCCUACUCUUCUCUCUCCCCCCUCCCUCCUUCCCUCUCUUCCUACUUAUAUUUCCCUUUUCAACCCUUCUCAAUUCUUUGUCCAUGUUCCUCUCUUUCAUUAUCCUUUCCAUUCCCUUCUCUAAAUCUUUCUGACAUUUUCCUUUUGCCACCUUCAUCUCACUUCUCUGUUGUAAAGUGUUGCAAACAGAACAUUUUUAAAUGUUUAUGUACAUUGAAUAAAGUUUUAGUUUUUAUUCAUUUUAUAAAAUCAAUAUGACUGGGUCUUUCUAAAGAAAAUAACUGGGUACUGUAGUUUGGGGCUGUUUAUAAUUUUUAUUUUAUCUUUUGGCAUUUAUUGGUUAGAAAAUUGCUUUUCAUGCCUAAUAUUAAUUCAUUCCCAUGUCAGUAGUUAAGAAUAAGGAAAAACAGUGGGCUUGGCGUUGUCCUACUAGCUCACUGUCAUGGGGAUGUUCCAGUGGUGCGUUAGACAGAGUGCUGAAGUUGAGAUGAUUUCUGUAGAAAGGGUGAUGGAAUAUACAAACCUUGAGAAAGAAGCACCUUGGGAAUUCCAGAAACGCCCACCACCGCCCUGGCCCCAUGCAGGAUGAUUAUCUUUGAUAAUGUUAACUUCAUGUACAGUUUAGACGGGCCCCUGGUCCUGAAGCACCUGACAGCACUCAUUAAACCUCAGGAAAAGGUUGGCAUUGUGGGAAGAACAGGAGCUGGAAAAAGUUCCCUCACUGCAGCCCUUUUUAGAUUGUCAGAACCUGAAGGUAAAAUUUGGAUUGAUAAGAUCUUGACAACUGAGAUUGGACUUCACGAUUUAAGGAAGAAAAUGUCAAUCAUUCCUCAGGAACCUGUUUUGUUUACUGGAACAAUGAGGAAAAACCUGGAUCCCUUUAAUGAGCACACAUGAGGAGCUGUGGAAUGCUUUAAAUGAGGUACAGCUUAAAGAGGCCAUUGAAGAUCUUCCUGGUAAAAUGGAUACUGAAUUAGCAGAAUCAGGAUCCAAUUUCAGUGUUGGACAGAGACAAUUGGUGUGCCUUGCCAGGGCGAUUCUCAGGAAAAAUCGGAUAUUGAUUACUGGUGAAGCGACAGCCAAUGUGGAUCUAAGAACUGACGAGUUAAUACAAAAAAAAAAAAAAUCCGGGAGAAGUUUGCCCAUUGCACCAUGCUAAGCAUCGCGGACAGACUGAACACCAUUAUUGACAGUGACAAGAUAAUGGUUUUUGGAUUCAGGAAGACUGAAAGAAUAUGAUGAGCCAUAUGUUCUGCUGCAAAAUAAAGAGAGCCUAUUUUACAAGAUGGUGCAACAACUGGGCAAGGCAGAAGCCGUGGCCCUCACUGAAACAGCAAAACAGGUAUACGUCAGAAGGAAUUAUCCAGAUAUCACUCAGACCAACCAGGUAGUAAUGAACGCUUCCAAUGGACAGCCCUCAGCCUUCACUAUUUUUGAGACAGCACUGUGAUUCUAGCAAGAUCACACCUAUUCCAGAGGCAUUUUCUAAUAGUUUUUGUACUACGUAAACUGCAUUGUAAUUUUUAUACUCGAUCAACAAAUAUUUGUACAUACAUGAUGUUAGUUCAUUUGGAUCUUUCCCCUGAUUUCAUCCAAUGAUGUCAAGCUCUAACAAAAUGAUUUAUUUUUAUUUAAAUGUUGUUGGUUUUUUUAAAAUCAGAGGUGCAGGCCACCAACAAAAGGCAUCUACCGGGUUUUGUGCCUUAAGAGACUCCAGAGCCAAAGCUCCUUUUUAAGGAAUAGGACAAAACUGGCACAGGUUUGGGUUUGUGUGUGUGUUACUAUCCCCAAAAUUACAUGUUAAUUUCCAGUUGUAUCAGGGAUUCUAUUUACUUGAAGACUGUGUGAAGUUGCCAUUUUGUCUCACCAUUUUCUUUUUCAUAAGUGAGAUCUAUUAUUUCCCCCAAAGGCCUCUAGUUAUUAUAAAAUAGUACAGAUAAAAUCAACAGGCAAAACAAAAAAUAUAUUUUAGUUAAGUGACAUCAUAGUAGGGCGAAUCUACCCCUUUCCCCGCACAUUCGUACCAAAAAUAUAUAUGGUUAAAGUGUAGAAGAACAAUAUUUUAUCAUAUGUUCUACAAAAGAAAGAAGGAAUUAUAAUACUGUCUCAAAGUGGGAGGUAAUUUGAUACUGAAGGACACAAGUGUGACCAUCCCUCAUCUUUUAGAUUUUUGAGAUUCUGACAUGGUAACUGUGUUGCAGUUUUGGACUCAGCAUGGUGAUACUUUCCACAAAGGCCAAACUUCUAACUGUAAUUCCUGAAAUAUAUGAUAUUAUUCUUAUUAGAGUUCUGGCUUACGGAAGGUUAACCCUCUAUAAACUGUGAGCCUUCUGUUUGGCCUUUAUUGACAUCCUUGCUAAAUUUUAUGGGCUUUCCUAACUUGGUGAGACAAACUGAGAAAAGCAUUGACCGUAAUUAUGCAGUAUGUUCUUGGGAUGCAUCCAGAAAGUUCAUUUUCAUGAGCCUGUCCAGGUUAGUUUACUCAGGAUCACCAAUAGCAAUUUCUUUAGAGUUUCUGAUUAGUGAAUCAACAAACCAUAAAACUUCCUGGGACCUGGUGUACUUUUUUGAACUAUGGGUCUUCAUUUUUUCUUGAUGGUGGUGGCUGUGGUAUACUGAGUUCAGUUUACUAAAGGUUUUACUAUCAUGGUUUAAGGUAGAUUCGAAUGACCUCUCAGAAUAAGGUGUAACCACCCUCAAAUUGCAUAUACAUGCACACAUGGACACAUAUAUGUGCCUUGAUGUGUGGUAGGCUUUUGAGAAGCAGAUGUUUUAUAGAAUGAACCCUUAAAAAGUACAUACAAGCUAACUACCAAAACACAUUGAGUGUAGUAGCUGUUCAACUCUUUGUAUUUAGAAAUAUGGUUACCGUUCAGUUGAAUAAACCACACACAAUAAGAUGUUUGUUAAUAAGUCAUGGUUAGUAUUUUAGGCAACUGAAAUGACAACAGUGAUAAAUAUGAGGUUUGUUCAAACAUUAGAUAUAUUUGAAAUGUGUGUAUGUUUAUUUGAUCUUUAGAGGAUAUAACAUGUUUCUAUUUCAUUUCUGUUUUAAUGUUUAUAGAGUUUUUUAAUGAAGCAAAAUUCAGUUGAAAUA